AUGGAGUAUAGAGGUUUGAUCCACCAGCAUCCAUUGAUGAAAAAUGAGGUGACGUUUGUGCUGAUUCGAUGCGAAGCAUGCGGGGAGUUCUUCCAGGGCACAACCUCCACUUGCAGCGAAUGUGCGUUCAACAUACACGAAUCCUGUGUAGAGUUUCCGCAGGAAUUCCAAGAUCCUUACCACCAGCACCGUCUCACUUUGGUUAAGACAAAUGGGAUGGAUCACCUUUUAAUUAAAUGCCUUGUCUAUAGCGAAAAUCAUUUUGGGUUUUCUUUUCACUGUCAAAAUUGCAACUUCGAUCUGGAUUUAAAACGUGCUUUUCAGAAACUGGCCAUAAUUGAAGGAUAUGUGGAGAACCCUCCUCUGGCGCGCUAUAUGGCUGCGAUCUCUGCAUCUUCUAUCUGCACCGAUCAUUGCACUGUAUCCUCUCUUCCUGGAAUCCCGAGGUCAGCAACAGUUUCACCGUUUCAGCUAUGGGCAUCCCUUGAAGCUUAUGGAGAUAAAGCAUGA